AUGACGACUCCUGUGGCGUCGGAUUGGGUAGAAUCGGCGGACUCCCCGCCAACCUUGGGGCCGGGCCAGCAGUACGCCCCCCAACAUCGCGAGCAGCCGAGGCCCACUGCGCGGUAUGUGGAUUCCGAUGCGGCUCGUGUGCAGAGCACCAGCGUCCAUGCGGGGCGGCCAAUCAUGCAGGAAACCUCAUCAGUCGGGAUGGGCGUGUAUUAUGGGUUGCGAAGCGAAUCGCUUCGCAAACCCGUCCCGCGCAGCUCGCUCGAUCCACCUCAACCCGCGUCCAUCGACGAGGCUUUGCAUCUCGACGAAGAACGGCGUCUUUCAGGUGAAUCACGCGAGCGUCUCGAGUCUAUUUUUUUGCCCAAACAUGACGCCCUAAGCCCGAGUAAUGCUUCUGGAGUGAGCCCGCAAGGCUCUUCCACGACCGAUAAGCUUUCUUUCGAGAAGCAAUUGAAGCUCGAUGUGAAGCAGUUAGAGUACUACCAUGGCACGGCAAAGUAUCCAGAACUCUUGAACAAAUUUAGGGAUAAGUAUCAAAAUUACAACUCCAAUCAAUUUCAAGGGAAGUCAAUGCCCACCAAGGCUAAUGAUAGUCGUGAAACGAAGGAGCCGGUCGAUUACCAGCACCUUAGUGAAAAACUUAAAGCGCAGCUUUACACCGGCCCUCAUUCGUACCACCCAAUUUCUCUAAUGGAACAGCAUGGCGUGUUUCGCUUUCAGGGCUAUGCCUUUCCGCCUUCUCUCGAGCUUGGUAAUCUGAAGAGCGAACUCGACCUUACAAAGCUCCACGCCUCUUAUCAAUCGAAGGGGGUCUUGGCAUUGUUGCGCCGCUCGUUUAAUGCGUUGGUGGGUCUCCCGGAUACGAGGGAUGCGUACCUCGCGACCUAUGACCGUGCAAAGGAGGACAAGCACAUCAUUUAUCGCACUUUGGGGCUUGAUGCGGUUCAGCGCCGGCAGAUGCGGUUUAUGCUCUCGGACUUUGACCACGCUGACCGUCAUACCUCGUUCCACGUGAUGAUGACCUACCCUUAUGCGGAUUGGUUGCAUGUUUUUUUUAUGGUUUUUGUUGGUUGGUGCUUGUACAAAUUACAAUUGCACCUUAACGCAUACGAUUUCUACGACGAAUACCUUGGUCUGGAUCUUCGACAGGUCCCUAGUUUGAAAAAGCCCUUUCUGGUUAUCAUGACAACAGUUGUCAUGGUUUUUUUCUUUUCCAGCCGCUCAUGUUGGCAAGCAUUGCCACAAAUCGAGCUUAUCGAAUUUUUAUGA